CGGCGCCGCGCUGUAGUCUGGGAGCUGGGAGCCAGGAGCGCGCAAUGUCGAUCGGGGUGCCCAUCAAGGUGCUCCACGAGGCCGAGGGCCAUGUGGUGACAUGCGAGACCAACACCGGAGAGGUGUACCGGGGCAAGCUGAUCGAGGCCGAGGAUAACAUGAACUGCCAGAUGUCCAACAUCACCGUCACGUACAGGGACGGCCGUGUGGCGCAGUUGGAGCAGGUCUACAUCCGUGGCAGCAAGAUCCGCUUCCUGAUCUUACCAGACAUGCUGAAGAACGCUCCAAUGUUAAAGAGUAUGAAGAACAAAAACCAGGGCACAGGGGCUGGCCGAGGGAAGGCUGCUAUUCUCAAAGCUCAAGUGGCUGCACGAGGAAGAGGCCGUGGUAUGGGCCGAGGGAACAUCUUCCAGAAGAGGAGGUGAGGUCCUCCUAGCCACCUGGCGGAAGCGUUUCCAGGACGAUGCGACACGUUUGUUAUAUAAUAAUGUACUCUGAGUCUGUUAUGUUGUGUCUGGUUGAUAAUAAACAUUUUCCAUAAACUCUG